CGGGAAGAUAUAAAUUCAUUAUGUCUCACGGCGUUACAUAGGCUCAUAGAGAAAAACAAUAUCUCCCUCCAUGAUAUUGGGCGUUUGGAGAUUCAAAAUGAAACUGCUCGUAACUCUCGUAGCUGUGGUAGCCGUGGCCGUGGCUAGCCCAGCCCGCUUAAGUGAGGGUCAACUGGCUGCCGUAAUCGCCGCCAUCCAGAGCCCCAGCACCGACCCCGCCACCGGUGCCCUUCUGGAACAACAGCUGCAAGAAAUCCUCGGCAACGAGCCCAUCGUUGUCGCACCUCCCGUCAUUGAGGAGCCCUCAUCACCCGUCGGAGUUCCCCCUGCACCCAUCGUCGUUGGACCCGGUGUCAUCGAAUUCCCCGAGCUCUCCCCCGCUCCUGAACCCAUCGUCGUCCUUCCUCCCGUCAUCGUCGGCCCACCAGUCGUCAACCCUCCCGUCAGCCCACCCGUUGUCAACCCCCCCGUUGUUGAGCUUCCCAUCGUCAACCCUCCCGUCGUCGUCCUCCCCCCCGUCGUUGAGCCUCCCGUAGUCGUCCUUCCCCCCGCCCCUGAACCCAUCCCUGAAGCCCAACCCGAAGCUAGCAGCGCUCCUCUCGUUCAAAUCAUCUUGAACAUCAACCAAGCUGAGUCUGGACCCGUCGCCAUCCCCCCUGGCGUUGCUCUCCUCCCCGAAAUCGGACAACCCGUCCAGGUUGUGGAAGGUCCCCAGAUCGGUCACCCCGUCCACGUUGUUGAGAGCCCCGUUGUUGUUGACCCCGUGCUCGUUGUAGAUGGACCUUCUGGUCCCGUUGAGCCCAUCAUCGUGGCUCCUCCCCUAAUCCCCACUCCCGUUAUCACCCUCCCCGAUAGCCUUAACUAAAUAAUACAUAACGAUACCUCGGAAAUAUGAAUAUGUAAUUGCAAAAACUUUCACAAAUAGUUAAACAAAAAGCCAGUUGAAAUGUG